AUGCAAACGGUAACUCGAAUCAAGGCUGAAGCUCUGCGGGCCCCACUCUCCUCUCCAAAGCGCAAGAAACUGGAUUUCUCGGGCGAAGCUGGGAAGCGCAUGACCGCCAAGACGAGGCUGCUGCGUUACGACACGUUUGCGUUGCCAGCAUUGCGGCGCAAAGUGCACAGCUAUUUCAUGCGCAAUGAACCGCCUACGUCCGAGAAGUUACGCAACGACGUGAUCAGCGAUCCUGACAUGGACAUGACGACGAUCAGCACUCGCACGAUGCAACGAACGCUGAACGACUUGGGGACCAUAUACUACCUUGAUGAGACCUGGGUAAACGCUGGCUACACUAAGGAGACCGUAUUGACAGACACCAAAGUGAUGUCCCGGCAAGACGCAUUUCGUCAAGGCCUCUCAACAGGUAUCCGUGCACUGAGCGGUAAAGGAGGACGCCUAAUUGUUUUGCAUGCUGGCAGUGCGGAAGGCUUUGUUGAUGGAGCUGGCCUAUUGUUUCGUGCCAAGAAGGGCGCUGGUGAUUACCACACAGAAAUGGAUGCUCCGCGUUUUCAAAAAUGGUUUGUUGAACAGUUCCUACCGAACAUCAAGGCACGCAGUGUGAUUGUGAUGGAUGAUGCGUCGUAUCACAGUGCUCAAGUUGAAAAGGUGUCAAGUUCAUCAAGAAAAGCCGACAUCCAGUGCUGGUUGAAAUCGAAAAGUAUCCCUUUUUCGGAUGACCAACUGAAGAGCGAACUGCUGCUGCUCGUUAAGCAGCAUAAGCACAUGUUCCUUGCUUACCAGAUUGACACACUUGCCAGCUCUGCCGGUCAUGAGGUUGUGCGCUUGCCUCCUCACCACUGCGAGCUCAAUCCAAUAGUGCUCGUGUGGAGCCAGGUCAAAGGCUAUGUUGCUUCGAAGAACACUGACUUCAAGAUCGAUUCAGUCGAGAAGCUGCUGCUGGAAGGAAUCGCAGGUGUGACCCCGCAGAACUGGUUCCGAGACUGCACUCAUGUGAUAAGGCUUGAGGAUGAGGCAUGGGAGCGGGAUGGCUUUAUAGACAACCAAAGAGAAAGUCUCAUAAUUUCUUUGGGCACAGAUUCGAGUACUUCUGAUGAGUCGAGCAGCUCUGGCAUCAUCGGAAUUGAUGAACUGCCAUGA